AUGACUAUUCUUACAAAGAUCAUUCCAUUCAUCUUUGAUCAUGAUGAUGACCUUAAGGAUCAGCUAUUCUGGAUGAACAUCGUUUCACCAAGUAUUGCUCAAUCUUCAGUCGCGGUGACUGCUGCCACCCCAACAAGUUCUACUGCCACUGUACCACCUGUUGCUGAUCCAGCUAUGACGACUACGACUCCCACUACAACAACAAUCAGCGACGCACCAGUCGCCAGCAAUAGUAGCGCCACUACACCAUCAUCAACACCUGUCGUCGACACUACGACCACUCCCACAACAACAACAACAACAACGACAACAACUACUACAUCAACUAUCGAACCAAAGGUCAACAAGGAUCACUUGCUUCCACAUACUACCGUUGCAGGUGCACCAUUGGCACAGCAGUUGAUGACAUCUCUACUGGGUCUUUUGUUCCGUCCUGCAUUCACAUUGUCCGAGAGGGUCGUCAUUGACACCACUGGCUGCACAAACAUGCCAACCAAGUAUGCUUGGAAAGGUGGAUAUGGUAUCGAACAGGUUGAGCAGGAUGCCCAAUACACAAUCAAACCACACUGGCUCAACAGGCAACAAGUUCUCCAAUGUCUAGUAGUCUGUCUCUCCGAACAGCUCUAUGUCACCCAAGAUCAAUGUCACAGAUACAGGAGUAGAUGGCUGGAUUGGAUGACUUCGAAUGAGUACUUUGCAGAGGUAUUGCAGUAUACAUUGAUCAAUACACUGUGUACCUAUGAUCCGGUUGGAUGGGGCGUGCCCUACAAUCAUCUGAUGUUUUCUGACGACCAGGAGGCCGUCGCCAAGCUGUCCGUGCAGAUACUGAACGUUCUGUUGUCCUACGAUCCCACCAUGGACGAGUCGUCGGCAUCAUCCUCCUCGUCACCAGCGACACACGUCAAUGUGUACGUGUCACUACUGCGAUCGAUGAAGCGAUCACGUGACCAUGCCUUCUUCUUCAAAGCCUUCGAGAGGAUCUUGGGUCUGCCACUGAUGGCGCUCAACACCAGCCUGCCCAACUCGACCAAGGAGAUCGAGAUGCACCGUGAUGUCCUCAUCACAUUCUGGCGAUUCAUCACAAUCAAUCAAGAGUUCCUUAGCUAUAUCGCCACCUGUCCGACCUGUCCCGAGUUCCUGACGCUGCUGCUCCAGUACAUGGACGAGGGCAGAAAGAACCAGAGGACGCAUGGUCUCGUGCAGAUUGGCACGUUCAUCCUGCUGCAGCUCAGCAGUGAUCGCGACUUUGCCAUCUCGCUCAACAAGCCGUUCUCGGACAAACAGGUCGUUGCCGACCUGCCCAAGCCCAUCGCCGGCUACUCCGACCUGCUCAUCCUCGUGCUGUACCGUCUGCUAAUGGACAACAAUCAGCUACUCGAGAGCAUCUAUGAGUGCACGUUGACUGUGCUGGCCAACCUGUCACCAUACAUGAAGCAUCUGUCCAUGACCACCAGCUCCAAGCUGAUCAAGCUGUAUGAGCAUCUGUCCAUGCCACGCUUCCUCUUUGCCAACAGUCACAACCAUCGCUAUGUCCACCUCUUGCUCGAGAUGUUCAACAAUCUGCUGCAACAUCAAUACGAGAGCAACACCAACUUUAUAUACUCUGUCCUAAGGAGUCAGAACUCCUUCUCCAAGCUUGCCUACCUCACCAUCGUGUCGCCAUCCUUUGCGCCACUACCAACAGUAGCCACGCCACCACAGCAACAGCAACUUGUAAAUACAUCAACAACACAGGACAAUGCCUCAUCAUCCUCAGCAUCCCCAACAACAACGACUACUACGACCACACCACCACCAACAACAGCAUUGCAACAACAGAUUGGAUGGAUGCCAACUGAUGAGUGGCUGCAGGGAAUCAAGAGACACUUGCCCUUGGACAAUAUACUCAAGGUGAUCACUCAUCUCUCACCUCAGGUUCAGAGAUUGUGCACAGGAUCAGGCACGGACGAGAAGAAUAUGAUGGACUACCUAAAGAUCUCUACGACAGUUGGAUUGUUCACAACAAGCAACUCGAUAAUCACUCGCAAGUAUCAUGCCAAUGCCAUCACCAAGUCAUGGUUCAUCGCCUACAUGUGGUGCAUAAUCUACUUGGAGAAUGCCACCAACAUGCUCUUCCAAGGCAGUGAUAUCCGAUUAUUCCAUCUUAGUCGCCCUACAACAUCUUCGACUCCAACAUCAUCAUCCACGUCAUCGACAACAUCCACGUCAUUGACAUCCUCCGCAUCAAAUUACUUCUACUACUACGACUACUACAACUUCUACUUCUGGUCCAACGUCUGCCUAAUCAUAGUAGUCAUAACAUAA